CUUAUAAGUCGGUAGUUCAUCUUCUUAAUUUGGCAAGUCUGUAAAGUUGCAAAAAUGGCUUCCCAAGAGCAUAGCUACAGAGUUGGUGAAACCAAGGGCCGUACUGAGGAGAAGACGGGACAAGCGGUGGAAGAAGUGAAGGAGAAGGUGCAGGCGGCGAAGGACAAGGCGUCAAGCAUGGCGGGGAGCAGGGCCGGAAAGACCUCCGAGGCGGCGCACGGCGCGAAAGACAAGAGCGCCGGAAUGGCGCAGACGGCGAAGGAGAAGGCGGAGAAAGCGGCGGAGGCGACGAGGGAGAAGGCGGGGGAGAUGACGGAGUCGGCAAAGGAGUCGGCGGAGGCCGGCAAGGAGAAGACCGGCGGGGUGCUGCAGAAGACGGGGGAGAGUGUUCGGAACGUGGCGCAGGGGGCGACGGACGCCGUGAAGCAUGCGUUUGGGAUGGCGGAGGAGGAUAAAGCCGGCGACGCCCGCCGCCGGGAUUAGGAGGAAUUUUAAUUAAGUUGUUUGUGUAAU